AUGGAUCCGAGCUCGACCCUUGCGGCCGAGUCGUCUUCCAGCGACACUCAAGAGGAAGUUCGCCAACAGCUUGUGAACCUUGAGGCCGAAAGAUACCAGCACUCCCUUCGCUUGGGGUCGGAAGGGCUUGAACAGGUGUGUGCUAAGAUGGCCAAAUUCAAACACACUUCAUGGGAAGUUAUGAUCAACGAGGAAAGAAAUCUUGCCGUGAAUAAGUGGCUCAGCCUGGUCAUGGUCGAGCCCUUGACCUUCGGUGUAGCUAGGAACUUCUACGCCGGCAAGGCGUCGGGGAUCUCUUCAGGAUCACUUGCAGACAGCAUUUCGGAUUGCCUUGCUGCCAAGGCCACUUCGACGAUCAAUGCCAGGGCGAAUUGCUUGUUGCGGUUUGUUUCUUGGGCAAAGGGGAACAUGCCGUUUGUUUUUCCCUUGACCGAGCAUGCUGUCUACGCAUACUUCGAGGAAAGGAAGUCCACAGCAGCGGCAACUUCGUUCAGGAGCCUUCUUUCUUCCGUUGCUUUCGCUCAGCAUGUGGUAGGCCUGGAAGGGUGUGACAAGGUUUACACUUCGGGUCGCGUCCGCGGCCUUGCGUCGAAGCUUUACAUGCAGAAGAGGAAGCUCAAGCAACGGAAUCCUCUGAGGGUCUCCGAUGUCAUUCUUCUUGAAAGGAUUUGUUGCAAGCUUGAAGACAGGUCUUUGCAGGACCGUAUCGCUGCAGGUUUCUUUCUUUUCUUGAUUUAUGCAAGAGCUAGAUACAGUGACGGGCAAAAUGUAGCAUCGCUGACUGAUUCGCCGCUCUACUUGGAGUGCAGUGUGGGCAGGUCUAAGACGAGUUUCACUUUGGAACGCAAGACCAGGUACUUGCCAAUGGCUGCCAGGAAGGUGGGCAUCAAGUGUGCAUGGGCCGAUGCGUGGCUUGAGGCUUUGUCAGAGGCGGGUCUUGCGAUCAAGCCGAACGACCCGUUGCUCCCCUGCCCUUCUUCGAAUGGUUCGUGGAAGAUGAUCCCGCUUCCGUGCGAUCAGGCUUGCUCGUGGCUCAGGAGCCUGCUGGGGAACGCUCAGAGCGAUCCCUACCUUGCAAAUGUAGGAACACAUAGCCUUAAGAGAACUUUGCUGAGCUGGGCAAGCAAGCGUGGUCUGCCCAGAGAACUGCGGGCCCUCUUGGGGUAUCAUACGUCCCGAGCCUCGGGCGCGGGAUCAGAGCUCAUCUAUGAGUCCGACGCCCAGUCGGCUCCGCUCAGGGCUUUGUCAUCUAUGAUCGACGAGGUGUCGUCCGGGGCCUUCAAGCCCGACAAACCAAGGGGGCAGCAGCUUGCUUCCGAGCUGUCGGCGAAUGCCGAUCCCCCGGGCGAUGAGAUCGAGUCGUCAGACUCUGAGGGCUCCGAAGACGAGGAGGAGAUCGACCACUCAGGGGACGAAGCUUGUGUUGCCGAGGCUUUGGACUGGCAUGGGAAGGUCGAUCUUGACAAGAUUGAUCCCUCGUGUGUUUUCUUCCGGCAUCGCCAAUCCAGGGUAGUGCACAUCACUGCCGACGAAGCCGGUGCCAACCUAGGCUGCGGUAGGACCAUUUCGGGUCAGUACAGGAAGCUGGAGGUCGGUUUGGCAUCUGCGGAUGUCGAAAAACUCGAGAAGGUGGGUGUGGAUUCACUCGCAAAGGUCGCUUUCAUGACGAGCUACACGCCGGGCUCUGGCGAUGACAAGGACCUCAUUGCAGCGUUCGAGUCGGCCCUCGGGACGCCGCCCUCUGUAGGGCAGAAAAGCUCCUUCCGAAGGUUAUUUCAUGAAGCUUAUGCUGUUACCACUUCGGAAAUGAAGAUGCUUGUGGAGCGGACGGAUGAAUCCAUCCCGAGAAAAUUGAGCGUCCCAGAGAGAUCUGAGAGGUUCGAGGUAGUGAGCAAACGCCUUGUGGGCCUUUCGAUCAAGAACCGUCUUGAGCCUGCCGAUAGCCUCGUCGACUCCUUCGUGUCCCAGCAUGAACAGGACAAGCUGCAGUUUGUCCCGUGGGAGAAGCUUGUUUCCAAAGAACAAGAGGCCUCAACAGGGGCAAAGCGAGAGCCUUUCUUCUCGCUGGACAGUACGGGCAAGCUCAGGUCGGAGACGAAGGUUGAGGUCCGUGCCGAUACUAGCACGGAGCUGCUCUUGCAGCUCGCGCUUCAAAGGCGCGGCAUCGCUAUGGAAAUGGCGAACAUCCUCGACUACCAUCGUCACCACAUGUGGGUUGAGCGCCUUCUUGCGGCGCGCCUCGACGCACCUCCGUCGACGCACAUGCAGCCCACACUUGAUCAGUGUCAGCAAGCUGACAGGAAGCUUUGGCAGCUUCUCGGAGAAGCGACUCGCUCAGGCAUCCAGCUCAAAGCUGGGGGGCGUCCAUUGGACGCCAUCUUCGAGGACACAUGGCAGUCACCAGAGGUGCUUCAUCUGCUUCAGCCGAUGCCUCGGGCAGCAGGCGCUUCAGUCACGCAGCAGGUGGCACCGCCGCCGAGGCCGCACGGGCCGGGCCCGUAUGAUCGUCCGGGCAAAGGCCGAAAGGGCACAGGGAAAGGUGCCAAGGGCACCAAAGGCAGCGGGAAAGCGUCCUGGAAUGCAAUCUGUGUGGGCCAGAAUACGCUGUCGGAUUUUCACAGGGAUUCCGGCAACCAACGGGGUUCUUUGAACCAUACCUUCUCGCUGGGCACCUUUCAAGGCGGCCAGCUCUGGCUUGAAGAUGCGGCAGGCACUUCCGAGGCCACGAGUCCCGCAGGCGAGCAGAUCCGGGACGAUUGUGGAUCCGCCGCUGUGACUUCGCAGUCCUCUGGCGCGCAAUCUCCGCCCGAUGCAAAGGUGUCGCCUUCGCAGCAUGAAAAGCCUUUGUUCUUAGAGAUUUGUAGCGGGUCGGCUAUGCUGUCUUAUGUCGCCAAGGAGGCAGGCUACACUGUUGUGCCAAUCGAUUGGCACCAUAACAAACAAAGAUCCUGUGUGCACACUCUGCAGCUUGAUCUCCGCCUCGCCAGCACGUGGUCAUUCCUGCGGCGCAUUUGCUCCGAAUACCAUGUCGCUUGGAUCCACAUGGUAGAUCAAGCUCGUGUUGAGAGUGCCAACUCCAUCUACGACAACAUGGAGUCCUUCUGCGACUGGCUGCUUCGAUUCAUGCCUCAUAUCCCGUUCUCCGUUGAGAACCCGUUGCACAGCUACCUUUGGCAAUUCCCGAAGUGGGCCGCAAUGGUCCAACGGCACUCCUUUGUCACAUUUGACUCGUGCCGGCACGGCUCGCAACGCAAGAAGGCCACGGCCCUUCUCACUAAUUCUGACUUCCUGCACUGCCUCUCGGGACCCUGUCCCGGCUGCUCCUCGCAUCUCCCAUGGGGUAAGCAAGGUCGUACCUUUGCAACCGCUGCAGAAACAGGGUAUCCUAAGCUUCUUUGUGAACGGAUAAUCUCAUGUGUGGACAAGUCGGCCACCUUGCGGGGCAUUGCGCCGGACCGACUGACUGUUUCAAAGGUCUCUGCUGCACGCGCCGCUGGUCAGGUGCAGCCAAGAGGGCGCAAGUUCCCACCGAUCAUUUCCGAAUUUGCUUAUACCGUUUCUGUUGGCAGCGCGGCAGCCCCCACUCUCAAUUCCAAAGAAUGCUUGUCAUCUGCAUGGCACGGCGUCCCUGCAGGUUCAAAGCUCCUCCGGGAGUCAGUGGAGAGGGGAGGUUCGCGACUCCCUGAGGGCAACAAGUUCUACGUGUUCGGAGUGUAUCGAUCCAUGCAGGCUUUCUUGAACGAAGCAAAGCUAGUCGUGCACCCGUUUGAUUCCGCCAGGUCGCUCCCGGAUGAACUUUUGCGAGUCUUGUUCGACACACUCACUAAGGGUCCGGUCGACACGAUGAGACAUCGCCUUCUUAAGCUGCAGCACUGGCGUGCCCUUGCCAAACAGCUUGAGCCCGAAGAAGAGAAAAUCAGGUCAGCCAUGGAUCCGUGUGUGAGGAGGGUCCUCGGCAACAAGCGUAUAGCGCUCAUGAAGAGCGUUGCCGCAGAAUUGUCGUGGCCUGACACCACUCUCUUCGAUGACCUUGCAGCCGGUUUUAAAUUAACAGGGUACUUAGGUCGCACGGGGGUCUUUGCUAGUGACGUUAAGCCUGCCACGAUGGACCUUGACGAAUUUUGGUCGAGCGCCCCGCUUCGCAGGGAAACUCUUCUUGAAAAGGUCAAGGGCCAAAAGGACCAUGACUAUGCCGAUGAGCUCUGGAACAUGACGCUUGAAGAGUCCGAUAAGUCUGGGAAGAGCUGGCUUGACGGCCCGUUCGAUGUCGACUCUCUGGGGAGCAUGUUCCCCGACGGUUGGAACGCCUGCCGGCGUUUUGCAGUAUGGCAGGGCAAAUGGCGUGCCAUCGAUGACUUCUCGGAAGCUGCGGUGAAUGCGUGCUUCGGGUGCUUUGAACGCGUCACUCUCAAAGCCCUUGAUGAAAUCUGUUGGCUGUGCAUGCAAGUCUUCCGCGCCGCAAAGAAGUCGGGCUUUCUUGAUCUGGAACUCAGUUCGGGUGAGAGACUCAGGGGGCCUAUCCAUACUGCGUGGAAGGACCUCGACCGUGUUCGUCCUCACUGCAAGACAUAUGACCUUCAUGCUGCGUACAAGCAGCUCGCGUUGCACCCUGGGGAAAGGUCGAAAUCCAUUAUCCUGCUCCGGGAGCCCGGCUCCCGCGCUGUCAAGGCCUUUGUGUGCAAUACUCUGCCCUUCGGGGCUUCGGCCUCGGUUAUGCAGUUCAACAGGGUGGCGUUAUUCUUGCAAAGGGUUCUUUGGGAUCUGAGGGUAGCUGUGACGUGCUACUACGACGACUUCCCGACGAUGACUCCCUCUUUCUUGUCGGGCGGAACGGACAAUGCUGUUCAUGCCCUCAUGGACUUGUUCGGCUUCUCCUUGUCCGAGAAGGAGAAGCCGUUCUCGUGCACUGCAGAAACUUUGGGUGUUGUGCUGGACACGUCUGAUCCUGACAUGGGGCACAUCUUCGUAUCGAACAAGCCUGAGCGGGCUGCCAUGCUCGAGGGGUCAGUAGGGCGCAUCCUUGAACAAGGCCAGGUGGACACGAGGGAACUGCCUUCCCUCCUUGGUAAACUUCGCUUUGCGGAUGCUCAGCUGCUCGGUCGCACGGGGCGCCUGGCCCUUGCUGACCUUAGGCUCUUAGGCGAUAAAGGGGGUGUCUUCCAGCUGACUGAUUCACAAUCGAAUGCCUUGGCCGUUCUGAGGGCGAGACUUCUUGCGAGCAGACCCCGCGCCAUUGCUGCGAGCCCGCCUUCGAAUCCAGUCCUCAUCUUCACAGAUGGCGCAUGCGACCCGUGUGAGGGCGGCUUCACCACAGGCGUUGGAGGUGUCAUCUUCAUUCCCAGCAAAGGGGUGGCCAGGGCUUUCGGCUGCAGGGUUCCGAGCAAGCUUGUCAAGCAAUGGGCCGAGGGCAGGAAACACAUCAUAGGGCAAGUUGAGCUUUACGCGGUCGUGCUAGCCAGGAUCUUAUGGUCGAGUUACAUCGAUGGCGAAAGGUGCUUAUUCUUCGUUGACCAUUCCGGUGUGUUGAGUGCUUGUAUCAACUCGAACUCGAUCGAUGCAUCUUGGAGGAGCCUUCUCCUCCAUCUGGAGGCUGCCGACGAAGCACGCCCGUGCUUGCCCUGGUUUCAUCGCGUCCCGAGCCAGAGUAACAUCGCAGACCCACCGUCGCGUGGCAGAUGGGACGAAUUGUCGUUCCUCGGGCCUUUCACUCGUGAUACGCCGGCAUGCUUUGUCACUGGUGAGGCGCUUGAAGCAACGUAA